AACUUAAGAAGAUGAAGAAUUGCUGAAGAAGUUUUAUUUUGUUAUAAAAAUUUAAAUAACAAAAAGAUUAUAACAAUGUCAGAUAAAGAUAAGACACGUUUGGUACGUAAUUCUGAUUGGACGUCUGAUUUAAAUGCAAGUAGAUCAGGAAGUGAAAUAGAAUCAAUCAAUCAAUUGACACUUGUGAAAAGAAAAAAACCAGAGAAGAAGAAAACUACCCAAAGAUUUGAUACUAAUGAUCGUAAAAUGUUACUGAAUUCGAAAAAAAAUGAUUUAAAUGAUUCUAUGACAAAUUCGAUGAGCAACGAAUCGGAUAUAAAAGAAGAAAUGAAUUCAACUCCUUUUCUUGUUAAUAGAAAAAAAGUAGAAAGAUCUAACAAUUCAAAAUCAGUUGAUGUUGUUGUAGACGUUCAUCAACAUUAUGAAGAAACAAUACCAAUGAAAUCAUUAAAAGAUAAUGUUGAAAUUCUUGACUCUAAGUUAACCGAAGUAUCAGAAUUAGAAGAUUUGUCUUCAAUUAGUAAUUUUCAAGAGGAAUCUAAGAAAAAUAUUAAAGUUACAUCGCAGAAUAAUUUUGUAACAGAUACGAUAGAAAAAUUUGAAGACAAUGACGAAGAAACUAUUUCAACGUCUGUCCUAUCAUCGAGAUCUACGCAAAAUUUAUUAGAAGAAAAACCACGUCGUAGAAAACAAUGGGAGACAGUACGUCCUAUGACAAAUGAAGUUACAAAUUUAAAAAAAUCAGCUAGGAAACGUUGGUCCAAAGAUACCAGCGUAAUUCGUUUACCCGAAACGUUGGGUUCUUCUUCACCGAUAAACAAAAAUAUUUCAAAGACUUUAGAAAGUUCAAGAUUAUUACCGGUACCAGCCCCUAGAUCAUCAUCGACUAUGAAAUCAAAUUCACGUUUUACUUUUGAAAAUGAAGCAUUCAUUUCGGAGAACGAAGAAGUAUUGAGAAUUGAGAGAGAUCAUUUGAAAGAUGACACGAGAAUUGAAAUAAGAAGGAUGAGUGAUCAAACUGAUACACCUUCCUCAUCUCAACAUUCGAAAAAGAAUUUUUCUAGAAAACAAGAAACAACGUUGAUUACAGAAAAUACUCAAGAUUCUAAUGUUUCUUCGUCAUCUAUGAAAAAGACCUCAGAUUUGUCUAAUAGAAGAAGAAGAAGAAGAAGAAGAAAAAGUUCUCUUCGUUCGAAUUUUUCAAAAAGUAUCGAAGAAAUUUCAAAUGAUCGAUUGCAAUAUGCGAUAUCAGAAAAUGAAUUAAUUAAUGAUGAUCGACAGGAUGUAUUAAAAAAGCAGACAAAAAUUACGAAAUAUUCGAGUUAUGAAAGUUUUUCAACCAACGAGGAGAAAGAAGAAGAAGAAAAAGAAGAAGAAUCUUCAUCUAAAAUGUCGAUUGGUAAAACUUUAUCUGAAAAUAAAAAGAAGAAAGAUCGUCGAUCUAAAGAAGAAUUUCGUCAUUUAACGAAAGAAGAAGAGUUGAAGAAAAAGAAGAAAAAGAAGAAAAAAAUUGAAUUAAUAAAAUACAUCUUAAUUACAAUUCACAAAGCUGAUAUGUUAGAAAUUGAUUAUGUGACAAAACAUCCUAUGGUUAAAGUACAUAUUAUUGAAGCAGAGACUGGUAAUUAUUUAAAAAAUCAAAAUGAUAAUGGUGGAAGUUCUUAUCUACAGCCAAUGAUCACUGAUAAGUUUGAUUUUAAGGAGAAUAGAUCAAUGAUACCUAUUUGGGAAGAGGAACUCAUAUUUGAACAUGAUUUUAAAAUGAUUAUGAAGACUGGGAAUGAAAAAGUUAUUAUUUUUUUUGAAAUUGUUGAUCUAUUGAGUUUCGCCGAAGCUAGCUUCAACUACGAUAGGUUUGGUAACGAAGGAUGUUGGUACAAAAUAGCCUGGGCAUUUUUAAAAACAGUUGGAACAAAUAACGCGAUACACGUUGACAAAAAGCUCAGAUUGCAAUUGUACAGGCCUCAGAAAAGUAUAAGAAACUUUGGUUCAAGAAGAUGCGAAGUUUACAAUUGGUGGAAAUCGAAUAAAAGAGAAAAAUAUCCAAGUAGUCUUUACGUCACUGUUACAUCGAUAGAUCCACCGAAAUUAGAACCAGUAUUUUAUCAGCAACUUUCUUUCGACGAUAUUUUGGAUACUGGAAAAGAAUCUCAUAAAUUAUCGGCGCAAUCGUCAGAAUUAAUUAAUUUACCAAGAUGGACGAGAUUGGCUGCCCAAUCUUGUAAAAUACCGAAUGAGAAAUGCUUCGAAACUGAAAUUAGUGAAAAUGGAUGUUUCUUUCUUGCCUUUAACAACGAUGGCAAAUAUUUAGCUUGUGUUUUUUCCGAAGAAUAUGAUUAUCCUAUAGUAGUAUAUGAGAUUGAAUCAACUAAAGUUCACGUUCGAUUUUCUGGACAUAAAACGUUCACCUAUUCAUUGAACUGGUCGCCUGAUGACCAUUAUUUACUUUCUGUUUCAUCUGAUCAAACAGCUCGUAUAUGGGAUGUUCGUAAUAAAAUUAUACAACAUAUUCGAAUGUUGCCUCACCCUUCUUACGUUUACUGUGGUAAAUUCAAUCGAAAAAAUCCAUCUAUAGUAGCUACAGGAUGUUACGAUCGUGUUGCAAGAAUAUGGACGAGAGAUGCGAAAUCAAAGAAUUACGAGCUUAGUCAAGAAUUAGAAACACAUGAAGGAUUUGUUAAUUCUUUAUGCUUUCUCAAAAAUGGUAAUCUUUUAACAGGUGACAGUGUUGGUACGAUUGUACUGUGGACGGUGAAAAAAAGUCGUAGGAUGUCAUCUAGGAAAGAAUGGUAUUUGUCAAAAAAGAUAAAAAUUCGUGAAAUUGAGAAUGUUAUAAUAAACACGAUCAUUUUACAUCCACUCGAAUCAAGAUUGCUUGUUCAUUCGAGAGACAAUGGUCUGCGAAUGAUAGAUCUUUCUGCUGGUGUGGUAUUACAAAAGUAUGAUGGUUUAAAAAAUCAAAGGAUACAGUUAACAGCAUGUAUCUCGCCCUGCGGUAGUUUGAUUUUUUGUGGUGGUGAAGAUUCAACUUUGAACGUGUGGAAUUUAGAAACUGGUAAAUAUUUGGCAAGAUAUACGAUAGAACGAACCUUCAGAGCAGUAACUUGCGUUGAUUAUCAUCCUUACGAUCACGUAUUAGCAUUCUCGAGUUUUGGAAGUCCUGCUCCAGUUAGAAUUUUUAAGUUUGACAAGAAUUCAACUGGAAAGGAUAUAGGUUUGUCGAUGACGAUGGAAACUGAAACAGGAAUUGGAGAUUAUAGGAUUGAUCUGAGCUUGAAUCUUCCAAAUGUUUCUGUCAAAGAAAGAUCAAGAUCAAUGUCAAGUGGUAGACGACAGGAAUUAUUAAAUGAAGGAGAAUUAAACAGUUUUCGAUCUGUUCGAAGUCGUAAUUCAACGAUCGUGAAUAUUUUUCAAGACGAAGAAAAUGAAAGUAAGUACGAGAGUGCAAAAUUAAAAUUACAACGACUGAAGGAAACUGAAGAGCAAUUAAAAAGUCGUAGCACAAGUCGUUUGUAUAAUAUUAUCGAGAAAAUUGAUAGAAUACUUUCGAAUACGUCCAGAUCGUCGAAUGAUCUUGAAUCGGGUCAGAGUUGUUUUUUUAAGGACCAGGAUAACGAUAGAAAAAAAUUAUCUAAGAAAAUAUCUUCUGUGAAAGAUUAUAUCGUAGAUCAUCAUUCUAGUUCGUACAAUGAAUCUAGUUCUUUGAGUUACGAUGAUAAAGAAAAGAUUGAGAUGAAAACGUUUCACGUUUUGCAAGAGAAUUAUUCGGAUUUCGAUAUUAAUGGGAGAAGAUCAAAAAGUGCUAAAGAUUCAAAAAGGAAUAAAAUUAUUCAAGAAAACACACCAAAAGCUUUUUCAGAUGGUGCACAAAGUUCUAAAAGAAAUAGAGUUUUUCGUAAAGAAAUGCCGGACGAUCGUUCUGAUUCUUUGAAUUCUGUGAUCAAACAAGAAGUUCACGAAUCGAAGAUUAUUUCCUCUACUUCACCAGAAAGUGCUGGCACUUAUGUCGUAGAGAAAUCUGAGUUUGAACAGAAUCAUGAUUUGAAUUCCGUGAAAACUUCAGCUAAUGAAAGAUCUUUGAAUGAUAGUGAGAAAACUUUUGUUAAAAUGUUAGAAAGUGAUAGCUCGUUGCCUAGUAAUGCUACAUUCACUAUAGAAAACGAGAUUCCUAUUCCUAAACCAAGAAGAAACAAGUUUGUAUCUUAAAAAAGAAAAACCAAAAUUAUGCAAUCUAUAUAUUUAAUUAUACAAUUUGUAGAAAUAUAAUGCUG